ACUCACAUUCUUGGAGUAUGGAGCCACUUUACCAAAGUGUGGACACACUACCCAAGUGUUACCUUAGCACGAGAUAAACGGCACGUGCGAGCUCGUUCAGCCUCCUGCCUGAACACCGAGAGAGAAUCCCGGACGCGCUCUCCUCAGGAUUUGUGCAGCUGGGGUCGGGACCGCUAAACAUCUCCGUCCGAGAGGGAAACGAGGAGUGGGAGACGCGAGAGAAGAGAGGACAUGAACGGAAGGGAGGCACAAAUCACUGAAAAGCAGAGCUGUGUACGCGCGUAACGCUAUUCCGGCUGUGCGUAAAAGCGCCAAACAAAGUAACGUUAACCGGAUAAAUGUAAACACUGCUAUUUCUCUUUUCUCCUGGACAUGUUUCCGCUGCCGGAGAGCGUUGUUUAGACUGUUGUGGAAACAAGGGUGAUCCCGGCGCUGUACAGAGCCUGCUCUGUGUAUUAUCUCUGUUUCUUUUAUUGUUAUUGCUCUGGGAAAUUACGGGAAGUUCUUGUUUUUGACGCUUCGCUUCUGGGGAAAUGCGCUGUAAAUGCGGUUGGUGACUCCGGGCUCUGGUUGAACAGCUAAACAGGACUUGUAACGCUGUUUUUUCCACAUUUGCAUGGUAGGCUGUGCUGUUUGGUUCACUGAAAUGUGAGACACUCGUGAAGUCGACACAUGACAAACCGCCGCAUCCAGCUGUUUUAUUAGCCACUACUGUAGCCGUCCAUUCACGCCUUUUGGAUUUGGGACAUGCUAAGAAAAGUUUUUAAGAAUGAAGAGAAGAAAAUUCCCAUAGGUCGACUCCGUUUUCUGCUCACAUCGCCGCCGUCUGCUGAGCUGGAUCUGUGGAAGCGCUGUUAUUAUUUGAGUCUUUUUCAAGCCUUCAUCAUUUCCAUGUUGUGGCGACAGCAGAGCUGACAUGCGCCUGGGAUGGGGCUAUAGUGCGGCGACCCACUGCGAUUAACAUACAGUUGCGAAAUUUGCCUGAUUGUGGAGCUGGUAGUGAAUGAGUAAGACAUCCGGCUCAGGUAGGGAACCGAGCGUAGUGCCUGCUUGUGCGCCGUGAACCCGCCGCUUUCAGCCCGGCUGUGAACCACUUCGAGGACUCGGUUUACUUUGUGAGAGGAGGAGAGAGUCUCCGGAGCCGAUAUGGAGGAGUGGAGACAAUGCGGGCGGUGGUUGAUAGACUGCAAGGUCCUGCCCCCGAACCACCGGGUCGUGUGGCCCUCGGCGGCCGUCUUCGACUUGGCACAGGCCCUGCGAGACGGGGUGCUCUUGUGCCAGAUGUUGCACAACCUGUCGCCCGGAUCAGUGGACCUGAAGGAGAUCAAUUUCAGACCCCAGAUGUCACAGUUCCUGUGUUUGAAGAACAUCCGGACAUUUCUCAAGGUGUGCCACGACAAGUUCGGCCUGCGCAACAGCGAGCUGUUUGACCCUUUCGACCUCUUUGAUGUCAGAGACUUCGGCAAGGUAAUCUCCGCUCUGUCAAGGAUCUCCCACCACAGCAUUGCACAGAUCAAAGGCAUCAGUGAGCAUGACUUGGGUGAGGAUGACAUCUACGACUGUGUGCCGUGUGAGGACGACGGGGAUGACAUCUAUGAGGACAUCAUUAAGGUGGAAGUACGACAACCCAUGAAAAUGGGUAUGACAGAAGAUGACAAGAGAAAUUGCUGCUUAGUGGAGAUCCAGGAGACUGAAGCAAAGUACUACAAGACUUUAGAGGACAUUGAGAAGAAUUACAUGAUCCCGUUGAAGCAAGUCUUGAGUCCACAAGACAUGGAGGCUAUAUUUGUCAAUCUUGAGGAUGUAAUCAAAGUCCACUUUGCCCUCCUGCGAGCCAUCGACCUGAACAUGGUCAGUGGAGGAAGUGGCCUGGGCAAGAUCUUCCUCGACUUCAAGGAAAGGUUGUUGAUCUAUGGUCAGUACUGCAGCCACAUGGAGAACGCCCAGAAGACACUGGAUGAACUUAUAGCAACGCGUGAGGAUGUCAAGAUUAAAGUAGAGGAAUGUACUAUGAAAGUGCAGGAAGGCAAGUUCAAGCUUCAGGAUCUUCUGGUGGUUCCCAUGCAGAGGGUGCUGAAGUAUCACCUACUACUGAAGGAGCUUUUGAGUCACUCAACUGACCGACCAGAGAGACAGCAACUCAAGGAGGCUCUGGAGGCUAUGCAGGACCUGGCCAUGUACAUCAACGAAGUCAAGAGGGACAACGAGACACUGAAGAAAAUCAGCGAAUUCCAAAGUUCAAUAGAAAAUCUUCAGCAGGUGAAACUGGAGGAGUACGGAAGGCCAAAGAUAGACGGAGAGCUGAAGGUGUGCUCCAUCGUCAACCGAACAAAACAGGACCGGUAUAUAUUCCUGUUUGAUAAAGUGGUCAUUGUCUGCAAGAGGAAAGGCUACAGCUAUGAGCUUAAAGAGAUUAUUGAACUGCAGUCGUAUAAAAUGUCUGAUGACCCCAUGAACAACAGAGACAUGAAAAAGUCGAGUGGAAAAAUGUGGUCUUAUGGUUUCUACCUGAUCCACCUGCAAGGGAAGCAGGGCUUCCAGUUCUUUUGUAAAACUGAGGAGACAAAGAGGAAGUGGAUGGAGCAGUUUGACAUGGCCAUGUCCAACAUCAAGCCAGAGAGAGCCACAGCCAAUCAGCAUAACUUUCAAAUGCACACAUUCGAUAAGAACACCAACUGUCGAGCCUGCAAGAUGCUCCUGAGGGGCAUCUUUUAUCAGGGCUACUACUGCUCUCGCUGUGGAACAGGAGCACACAAAGAGUGUCUGGAAGUCAUCACCAUCUGUAAAAUCAAUCCUCAUGACUUGGAACCUGGAUUAUCAUCAGGUCCCAAGAUGGUGGCAGUGAGGAACUACCAUGGCACACCGGCACCUCCAGGGAAGACACCGCUCUGUUUUCAAACAGGAGAUUUUAUCGAGCUGCUGAAGGGAGAUCCUGACACCACAUGGUGGGAGGGGAAGCUGAUACAAACACAAAAGAGCGGCUUCUUUCCCAGUUCAUGUGUCAAACCUUAUUUGGACCCAAAGCCCUUCCAGUCAUUAUCCAGCCGGCAGUCCUCAAGGGAAGCAGACUACUAUGGAUAUCCUUGGUUUGCAGGGAACAUGGAGCGCCAGCAGGCCGACAACCUUUUAAAAUCCCACAGCAGUGGGACCUAUCUUAUCAGAGAGAGGACAGCUGAGGCAGAGAGGUUCGCCAUCAGCAUCAAAUUCAAUGAUGAAGUAAAGCACAUUAAAGUCAUUGAAAAAGACAGCUGGAUUCACAUCACUGAGGCCAAGAAGUUUGAGAGUCUUUUGGAGCUGGUGGAGUACUAUCAGUCCCAUUCACUGAAAGAAAGCUUCAAGUUAUUAGAUACCACAUUGCGAUACCCCUACAAGUCAAGAGAACGCUCGCUUACUCGAGCCAGUACACGCUCACCAGCAGCCACCUGCGCCUCCUACAACUUCUCCUUCCUCAGUCCGCAGGGCCUCAACUUCUCCUCCUCCCAGUGCUCAGCUCCCUUUUGGUCAGUGUUUACUCCUCGGGUGGUCAGUACAGCAGUGGCCAGGUAUAACUUUGCAGCACGAGACAUGAGAGAGCUGUCACUGCGAGAAGGAGACAUAGUCAAAAUUUACAGCAAGAUCGGUGGGGACCAGGGCUGGUGGAAAGGAGAGGCCAAUGGGCGAAUUGGAUGGUUUCCCUCAACCUACGUGGAUGAAGAAGGAGUGCAGUAAGGCACGGGUGUUUGCUGGCCUGGCUCCCUUUAAAUCAGGAACCAUCUUCAAUCUACUGUUCUCAGUGAAAAUUACUCACUCUCCAGGAAAAUACCUUUUUUUUGUUGUUUUUGCUGGAUACUCAUUUUUCAGUGAGUGUUUCUACCCCGUUUCUCUAUCUUCAAUUAUGCAUCAGCUUUGCUUUUGUUUGGAUUUGUUUUUUUCUUUCCUUUUGGCGGAUGUCCUGUUUAAUUUCUGUACAGGGAAGAAGAAAAAACUGGCUUGCUGUCUGUCAGCCUCUGUGUGCUCUGCAGAGGCUUUAUUGAACUAUUGAGGACACAGCAGAAACUGACUGUGGAUAGCUUUACUUUGAAAAAGGCUCCCCUUUGUUGCAGGUCUAUGCGAGGUGAAAUAAUUGUACAGUAUAGAUAAUUUAUUGAAUAGAGAUUAUUAUCAUUACUAUUGAUUAUUGUGGGGGAAGUUGAUUUUAGUAACAACAAGGAAUCAGAUGAUAAAAACUAAAAUAAGAAAAAAAAAGAAAAAAAACAGAUGCUCUGUUUUCAUGUUGAGAGAUUUUGCCUUAGUUGUCAUGGUGAUGCCUUGUGGGCUGACACCAGUGGAGGGAAUCGACUUUGUUGACUGGUUUUACUUCUCCAUGUAUGCAUGUGCCCAUGUGCGGCCCACACAAACACACACACACACACACAUACACCAAUGUACAGUACGGUGCCUUUGAAGAAUGGUCGCUUACUGAACCUCAACAUCAGCCAGUAAAAGAACAUUGCCAAUCCCCUAAAAGACAGUUUAUCCACGUCCAGAGGACAUUACUAUUACUAUAGGAGGGGAGAGGCACAACAUACUGAAGACGGCUCGCCUUCUGAGCCCUCAAAAACAAGAUGGUGAAGCAUUUAACUUAUCACAACUGGUGACCGGAUGGACUCACAGGGACAGUCGGAGGGUUUUUAUAGCCAACAACAAUCACAUACACAGUUCUCGUCGGCCUUGGCGUCACAAGUCUAAUGGUGCAAUCAGCUGGAUGCGAAAGGGAAACAUCAAGACAUUCCACUCAACUACCACUUUACACUUUCAAAUCUCUGUGUUCAUUGUUUUAUUGUUUGAAUUUUGUUUUUUUGCACAGAAUCAAGAUUAUUUUUUAAGAUUUUAAAGAACUGGACCAACAUUUUUUUUUUAUAAUUUGAAGCCAAAUUCAGCCAUGUUUUAAUGUCUGCAUGGAGUCGAUUGUUAUGAUUUUUGUACCUUGCCUUAUUUUUACAGAUGAUCAGGUGACGGGCUUCUUUCCCUCUUAAUGUUAAUCAGUUUUUAUGUGUGAAAUCCAUUUUGGUGCUGUGCAGACUGGUGAAAAUUAAAUAGUGUCAGAGGAUUUUGAAUCUGAAGGAAAAUUUUGUGUGCUAAUUAACAUGAAUCCACAGAAGGAGCCCUUAAUCAUUUUGUGAUUUUUCUAGGGGUGCAGUGCUCAGUGCUUCCAUUUGCUUCCAUUAAUUUCCUAGUGCCAUAAAGUAAAUACUUUUGCAGAUUGACAGCCUCAAAGGCACUGUGUUGGCAUACAUUUUCAAGUUUUCUAUUGAAAGCGUAGAUGUACCAGACAAUUUUCUAAUUCUAGUUAUGCAGAUAUUCCAAUGUUUACUGACCCUGUCAACUCAGCUUUCUUAAAAAGUUACAGUUUUGUUUGCAUUUAUAGUCAUAUACAGUGCAUUGACUCUAACUCUAUUUACAUGGUCUUACCUUUAACCUUCAUAUCUUCCACCUACACAUUUGAGUAUUGAUAUAUUGCUUGGAGCUGACACUGAAUUGUCUUUUGUCUUAGAAAAUUUCACAGCAAACAAAUGGGGGGGAAAAAUAAGAAAUGCUUUUCUAGGGAUUGGAAAUUAUGUAAAACAGCUGUUUUCAUAAAAUGAAGGCUGUCGUCUUGCUGCAAAAAAAUCAAUUUGAACUAACUCUCAUUCAUACACCCCACUGAGAAGUAAAGUGCAAACACUGAGCACAUCAACUCUAGCUGUUUCAUGAAUUCUUAAUGGAGCAGAAGAUGCCGAUUUGUUUAGUUUCUAAACUUUUGACUGUCUAUGAUGUGUGUUAUUACAAUGGCUGACCGCCCCAAAAAAACACAAAGUCCUACCACUGUGUGAGGGGGACCCACAGGAGGCCUCCAUGUUGUCUAGAAUGAGGGGAUGGUGGGGUCUAGUCGCUGUUUAUGUAGUGGAAAAAACCCAUUGCAUGUGGCUAUUGAUAUUUCAACUCCUGUCAAUACAUCCUCGAAAAAA